UUUCCACAUCUCGGCCUAUCAGCGUUCGUUCGCUCGUGUUGGAUCUGCCCAGUGCCGCAUUAGGCUUUUUCCCAUGUUAUGGCUCGAUGUGCCAUUCAUUUUCAUUCAUUAGCUGACAUUCGGUGAUUUCUGAUCGACAGCUCACAUCGAGCCUUUGUGUUUUGGUUCUCUGUACUUUAUUGCUAUCCACAAUAAAGCCUUCUCACUAUCGUGAGCCUUUGUUCGCCUGCUGUCACAAAACUUUGGAGGCUCAAAAAAUUAGAGGUUACAAGGUUGGGAACGAACUAUUUCGGAUCUUUCGAGCGAAUUAAUGGAUGUCAAUUUUACUGUCUAUAAGUCAGACUCUGAUAGUGGACCAGUAUGCAACUGUUCGGAUUAUUUCUCGGAAGCAGAAGACCGUGCGGGAGUGCAACUGGGAAAUAUCAGUAAUUACCUUUCGCAGGAUUUUGCCAGUUAUUUCGCUAGAGACAGAAGUUAUUAUCAAUCCUGCGAAGCCCUCGGUCAGCCUCGGUUAUGGUGGAUAUUUCUCAUUAGCAGCAUACUAAGCUGGCUGACCUUGUAUUCUGUUCUGGGGGUGUGGAACACCGUCAAGUGGUGCCGAUCACGCAGUUCCAAGCAAGUGCUAAAAAAGAGGGCCUUCACCAUCAUUGAAGUGGAUCCGUCAUCAUUUUUUGACGACUCCAGCACUGCUGACGACGUCGUGAUGAUGUCUCGCAGGUGGACCUUUCAGUGGUAUCAUGUCAUGGAAAGGGAAGCCAAUCGCAUUAUAAACUGCCAGACACUAACGGGCAGAGUUGUUGCGAUCAUUGGAUUUUGUGUGGCGAUGGUUUCCUUUGGGAUUUAUUGUCAAGAUGUGGCCGAUACAGUUCCGGAUUUGGAAGUGUGCCGUGCAUGGACUUCGACUGUAGAAUGGCAAGUGGAUUUUGUGUGCAACUUGUUCUUCCUGGUGUACUUUGUUUUACGGUACUGCGCGUCCAGCCGGAAGUUUGUCUUUCUAGCCGAGGCUUAUUCCAUAGUGGACUACUUUACCAUUCCACCGUCUAUUACAGCGAUAAUACUAGAUCGCAAUUGGUCAGGGCUACGAUUUCUGCGGGUGCUGCAUAUACUCUCUAUUCCUGACGUCAUGCAGUAUGUGGGCAUCCUUAAGACCAGAACACAAGUCACAUUGACCUUUCUUAUCUGUCGUCUGGCAUGUAUAAUCCUGGUCGGAAGUGGUGUUUUUCAUCUGACAGAAAAUUUUAACGCUGUAUUGGAACACGGGCAUUCUUACUGGAAAUUUUUGUACUUCUCCGUCGUCACCAUCUCCACCGUGGGAUACGGCGACAUCGCCCCGGUCACUGCAAUGGGCCGUGCAUUUGACUGUAUAUACAUCCUCGGAACCAUUGCCCUGUUUGCAUCAUCGCUGCCGGAAGUGGGCAACAUGGUGCGAUCCAAACUGAAAUACGGCGGCGGUUUUAAGCCAGAAACGGGAUUAGAACACGUCGUUGUAUGUGGACAUAUCACUUUUAGCAUUGCCAACAGAUUCUUGGAAAGUUUUUUCAACAGUGCUUACGACACUAGUUAUUUGUGUGUUGUUUUUGUCAGUAACCAGGAUCCCGAUUUGGAAAUGGAAGCCCUACUUCGCAAUAAUUUCGCCCAGGUGGAAUACCUUCAAGGCGAUGUUCUAAACUCCCUGGAUCUCGCUCGGGCCGCCAUGCAACGGGCUCUGGCCUGCCUGAUCAUUGCCGACAAGAAGCCGGAGCAGACGGAAACGGAAGAUGCUACUAAUGUACUCCGCGUCAUUUCCAUAAAGAACUUUCAUGCGACGACACGAAUAAUAGCGCAAAUCUACCACAAACGUAAUCAUAUCCAUCUCACGAAUCUCUCUAGCUGGAACUCGUUGAGGGGUGACACCAUCGUCAGCUUGUUUGAGAUUAAAAUGGGAUUGUUAGCUAAGAGCUGUAUUGCCCCGGGAUUUUCGACAAUGGUAUCCAAUCUCAUGCGAGCCAAUCCGGAUAUCGCAAGUUUUCCUUACAAUUUUUUCGGGCACCACGACAAUCAGGAGUUGGACUCUAUCUUCUUGUAUCAUUGCACUGGAAAGAACCAACUACUGAUGCAGAAGUUGAGCGACUACUACACCGAUAUGUCAUUCAGUCAAGUCGCUCGGCACUGUUACGCGCACCUGGGGGUACUGUUAAUCGGCUUGUUCGAGAAGCCGACUUCCUGGGUGGCCGGGAUUGAGUUUGGAGAUAUAAUGAUCAAUCCAAGCGCCAUAUCGGUGACCACCAACCAUAUGGGCAUUUUCGUUGCAUAUUCUCAAGAUGAAGUCGACAAAGCUUGGUAUUACUGUGAUAAAUGUCACAUCAAUACGAAAAGUCCUAAUGGCAUCACACCGUGUCUGCAUAAUUCGGGGAAGCAGAAUCCGUACAUACUGCAGGAACGCAACCCCAUGCGGCGAUUCUGGCUGCAGUGCCGACGGUUUCAAUUUGGCGGCAAUGCAAAAGUCACCACUGAAACCCAUUCGACCCGAACUGUCUGGCAGGGCGAUGGAACGCAAAUUGCAGAAAAACGAGACUUUAUUCUUGAAGAUAUCGUCAUUCCGAUUCCGAGCGUCUCAGCGACUGCCGAAAUCUAUCCUGCCUUAUCAGCAGGUUCUCUGGCCAUUAAAUCACAGGAAUCUGGGUUUCUAAGUACACAGUCGGAGCUGAGUGCCAUUCGUAAGCAUCAUUGGGUGCCGUCACGCAGUUUCCAAGAAGCAAAAGCCGCAGCAGAUCCAAAAUCCAAGCUAGCCAUCCAAACCGGUUUCAGUGGCCAUAUUGUUAUCUGUGUUUUUGCUAAGCCGAACGCGUCCCCCUUGGACUUGUCCGAACUUGUGAUGCCGCUAAGAUCUGGGGAUAUUCCAUUUGAGCAUUUGAAAGAAAUUGUUCUGCUGGGAAAUACCGUGUACCUUGAAAAAGAAUGGAGCACGUUAAGCAACCUUCCUAAAAUAACUGUUGUGCGGGGCAAUCCUCUGGAGCGCACGGAUCUGGAAAUGGUGUCGAUUAACGAAUGUGACACAUGCGUCGUAAUUCAGUCUAAGAGUGGUCAUUCCAAAGACGAAAUUCUUGAUGACAGAGAAGUGAUCCUCUCUACACUGAACAUCAAAGCCAUGAAGUACGAAGAAGAACAGAAGCAGCGGGUGGAAAAGCCGAGCGUUCAGAACCUGCAGCCCAGUGAAGAAAUAAUGGCGGAAAUAAAAAAGCGACAAAAGCUUAUCACUAAUAUAGAGCAUGACGAGAACAUUAAAUUUUUGGAACGCGACCGCACCAAUGCACAGCGGGACAUUCCGUUAUACUUAUCCAGCUCUUUCGUAUCGGGAGCCGUUUUUCUGGAAAGUGUUCUUGAUUCCUUGUUAGUAACGAGUUAUUUUGAACCCUUGGCGUGCUCAUUAAUUCGGAGUAUGGUGCACGGUCGCGCUCAAAUGGGAAUAAUGAGCGAAAACACCGCCAGUGGCAACAACGUCAGCUACAUUCCAUGCCCUACUGUUCAGCAAGGUUUGCUCAAAGUGAUUAGGAUGUCAGAUCCUAUGUUCGCUAAAUACGUCAAUGGGCCAUACAGAAAUGUGGUUCUGGAAUCCUUUGCCAACGGAAUGGUGUGUAUCGGCAUUGGGCGGCUCGACCGAAAGGUCGGACUGGAGAAAAGUGUCAGUAUGACGUAUCCGCUGACAAAUCCGAUGCCUGAUUUGAUAAUGCGUGAAUCGGAUGACUUGUACCUCUUCGCUUCAUAUUUAGCUUCGCCUAGUCGGCAUAACGAAUCGGCAUCCCCUCAGCUUCCACCAGGAUGUCGCCGUACUAUACUCGUUAGAAAAAGUGAACCCAAAGCGUUGACACUGAAAGCGUUUGCCACGAAAAAUAUGAUUAAGCGUGGCAAAAGAUGA